AUGGAAGAGCCAUUUCUUACGAGAGACGAGCAGUUGGUCCCCGGUAAAGCCACAUGGCAAAGAGGCCAGCUCAUCGUCGAGCUGAAGAAAGUGAGCCUCUUAGCCGCUCCUAUGGCCACCGUGACCAUUGCUCAGUUCCUAUUGCCAAUCAUCUCAGUUAUGGUCGCUGGCCACGUAAGCGAGCUCCAGCUUUCGGGCGUCGCUCUUGCCACCUCCUUCACAAACGUCACCGGUUUUAGCAUUAUGUAUGGGUUAGUUGGUGCACUAGAAACUCUAUGUGGCCAAGCUUAUGGAGCCAAACAAUACGAAAAAAUUGGAACCUACACAUACUCUGCAAUCGCCUCCAACAUCCCAAUUUCUUUCCUCAUAUCAAUUCUUUGGAUUUACAUCGAGAACCUCUUGGUAUCUCUCGGACAAGACCCUGACAUCUCCAGAGUCGCAGGAUCCUACGCCUUUUGGCUCAUACCAGCUUUGUUCGCCCAAGCGGUUGUCACACCAUUUACUAGGUUUCUGCAAACACAAGGGUUGGUUCUUCCUCUGCUCUACACUUCCGUGACCACCCUUUUGUUCCACGUCCCGGUUUGCUGGAUUUUCGUUUCCGUGUUUGGUCUGGGAAGCAAUGGAGCUGCUUUGGCUAUCAGUGUAUCUUAUUGGUUUAACGCUGUCAUACUCAUAUGCUAUGUGAGAUUCUCUAGUUCUUGCGAGAAAACUCGUGGCUUUGUAUCCGAUGAUUUUGUUUCUUGUGUCAAACAGUUCUUUCACUUUGGAAUCCCGUCAGCAGCAAUGACUUGCCUAGAAUGGUGGCUAUUUGAGCUACUCAUACUCUGCUCAGGUCUCCUCCCUAACCCAAAACUGGAGACCUCUGUGCUUUCAAUAUGUCUUACAACAGCAGCUUUGCACUAUGUGAUUCCAGCUGGAGUCUCCGCGGCUGUAAGCACACGCGUGUCAAACAAAUUGGGAGCUGGGGAUCCUCAAGUUGCUAGGGUUUCGGUAUUGGCAGGGCUUUGUAUUUGGCUGGUAGAGUCAGCUAUCUUGAGCACAGUUCUCUUUACCUGCAAGAAUUUUGUAGGCUACGCAUUCAGCAACAGCAAAGAAGUUGUUGACUAUGUCGCAGACCUAUCUCCGUUGCUCUGUCUCUCUUUCGUCCUCGACGGAUUGACAGCAGUUCUUAAUGGUGUUGCAAGGGGAAGUGGGUGGCAACAUAUUGGAGCUUGGGCAAAUGUAGUGGCUUAUUAUCUGGUAGGAGGUCCGGUUGGAAUUUACUUAGCUUUUGGUCUUGGGUUGAAUGGAAAAGGACUUUGGUGUGGUGUUGUGGUUGGAUCCGCUGUGCAAGGCACUAUACUGGCUAUCGUCACAGCUUCCAUGAAUUGGAAGGAACAGGCUGGGAAGGCGAGGAAAAGAAUAGUCUCAACUGAAAAUGGAUUGGCAUAA